CUGAGAGCAAGGACGCGAUCGUUCGGCAACGGGAUUUGGAGGGAGUUAAAUAGAGCACACGGAUAGCCUGCUGCCGGGGAGUGAAAGUCAAGGAGGGAGAGGGAAGGAAGAGACCGUAACUGGGCAGUGCCCGGGGAGUCGGGUGGAAGUGGCUGCAGUCAGAGCCCCUCCAGGACCUGGCAGGCAGGCUACAAGGUCAUUCCUCCUCCUUUUGGGGCCACGUGCCAGGCUGGCUGGUGGAUGUGAAGACACGCUGGAGAAGACAAUGAUGCUGCCUACAACUGCUGGCCACCAGUGGAGGAGCAGGUUCCUCAUGAGGUGGCAAGAAGCUUGUCUGCUUGGCUGUUGGCUUUCGCUAUGUGCUGCCGAGUCCUUCUUUGCUUGCCCUUCCUCCUGCAAGUGUAACAGUGGCAACCUGGAAGUGGACUGUAGCGGCUUGGGCCUCUCUUCCAUCCCCUCAGACAUCCCCACAAACACCAGGACCUUCCUCUUUCUCAACAACAAACUCAGCAUCCUGCCGGGAGCAGUGUUUUCCAACCUCUCUGCCCUACAGAGGCUGGAUCUAUCCAACAACUUCUUGGACCAGCUCCCUCAGAACAUCUUCAGCGACCUGGGGAACCUCACAGAGCUUCAGCUGAGGAACAACAGCAUUCGGGCCUUGGACAAGGACCUGCUACAACACACGGCCCUGCUGCGCCAGCUGGAUCUCUCCAUCAAUGGCCUGGCCCAGAUACCCUCGGGCAUCUUUGACGACCUGCCUGCUCUCCGCUCCCUCUCUCUCAGGUCCAAUCGCCUGCAGAGCCUGGACAGGGUGACCUUCGAACCGCUGACCAGCCUGCAGCAACUCCAAGUUGGGGAUAACCCCUGGGAAUGUGACUGCAACCUCCGAGACUUCAAGCACUGGAUGGAGUGGUUCUCCUACCGAGGUGGGAAAAUCGACCAGCUGGCAUGUACCCUGCCCAAGGAGCUGAAAGGGAAGGAUAUGCGAAUGGUGCCCAUGGAGAUGUUUAACUACUGCUCCCAGCUGGAUGAUGAGAACAGCUCUACCGUGCUGGACAAUACUGGCCCACCCUGCACCAAAGGAAGCCCAACUCCUUCCAAAUCUAAAUCGGGCCAAGAAACAGAAGUGGAGCCCAGUGUGGGAUGCCCUCAAAAACAGCGAUAUAGGCCUGUGAGCGUGCGCCGGGCUAUUGGCACUGUGAUCAUUGCAGGGGUGGUUUGCGGCAUUGUUUGCAUCAUGAUGGUGGUGGCAGCUGCUUAUGGUUGCAUCUAUGCCUCCCUUAUGGCCAAGUACCACCGGGAGCUGAAGAAGAGGCAGCCGCUCAUGGGUGACACAGAAGGCGAACACGAAGAGCAAAAACAAAUCUCUUCUGUGGCAUGA